GUUCCAUCCGGUGCCGAAGAUUUCAGAGUAAAAACUUGGCGCUUCCUUGCAGCAAACUCUUUUUUUUUGGUCUGAAACCUCCAUUCCAGCUCCUGUAUUAAAGCUGAUCAGCACAAUGCCUAUAACUAGGAGAGCAUAUCAACAACUACUUCUUGACCGCAAUAGUCAUCAUCAAAUCGAAAAUGGGAAACACCUCAAGCCAAACUGUAGCAAGGUGAUGUCACCGAGAACCCAACAUUCUUGGAAGUCAAAGGAGUCAAAGGUUGAGAGCCGGACUGCACAAAAUAAGCACCCAGAAGCUGCCCUAAGAUCAAGGGAAAAUGAACCGCACCCGAUCAAGCCUGACCUACAUGAAAGUGAUGAUCAUUUAGGUUCUUUGAAGUGUGUGCAUCACGCAAGGGUUGAAGACGCUGAUGAAGGAUCAGUUUCUGGUAUUUGUCUCUCAAAGGAGUGCUCUUCAGGGAAAGAACAUAGAAAGAAAUCAACAACAAAAACUUUAGACGGCAAAAAGAGAAAAUAUUCAGGUAAGAGUUCAAAAGUUAAACCCAAGAAGAAAGUCUUGAAAAGAUUUCAAAGUGAUGAAAAGUUGGUGAAAGAUGAACUGGUGAACAACAGUAGCCCUUUGAAGAAAAGAAAGAAGUGUACUCAAGUUGUCUUGGACGCACCCAAAUGUUGCAGCGAUAAAGACAGUGUGGAGGCAUUGACAAGUAGGCAUACAGAAGUAAAAGUCAGGAUCGGUUUAGUUCGGCAACACAUAUUGGAUGAACAAACCAGAGUAGAGAGAUUAAGAGUACAACUGGUUAGAGACCGAGACAGUGCUAGAGCAUCGUUGGGCUGCCGACGAAUUCGUAUUCAAAGAGAGGUACAGAAAGUAAGAGAAAAGGUGCAAUCACAAGAUAAGAAGAGAAUUAAACUGGAAGACAUGCGCAUACAAAGACAACUUGAGGCAAGCAGGCGCAAACUGGAGAGCGACCGGACCGCUAUGUAUAUACAGCUUCACAGAAACUGGAGGGAAAAAUUCAAUCAGAAGAAACAAGAAGUACGUAAUGUAAAGCGAAGCUCUUUGGAGCAAUCCAGGAACUACGAGCUGAAGAAGAGUGCACUGAAGAAGCAGCUGCAGAAAACUUGGGUUGACUUACAGAACAAGGUUUUAGAGAUGAGAGACCGAAUUGAAACGGAGAUGGUGAAGUACGGACAUCGCUGGGACGGAGUGAGCUGGACAAGUAGCUUGGCUGGGAAACACAAAUACAGUCUACGUAGGGUGCCAAGAGAAAAGACACAUAUUUACUGUAGAGCUUGGAAGAUGACCAACAAGAAAGAGCCUGAGAGCCCUUCAAUAAGCGGAGCAACCGUAUACAAAGAAGCCAAAGUGAAAGCCUUGAAUGAGAUGUAUCAGCUUCUUGACAGUGAACUUCGAUGCAGUAUUUGCUCGGAACUCUUCAUAGCUCCUGUUGUGCUGAACUGUUCCCACACCUUCUGUAGUUACUGCAUCAACCAGUGGAAGAGACGAACCAACUGGUGUCCAAUAUGCCGUACGAGCAUCACGGCCCGAAACCCUAUUGGUAAAUUGGAUGCAUUCAUCAUCAAGUUUGCGCGCAGGGUCGGAGAGGAUGCGGAGAAGAAACGACUCGAGACAAUCAAAGAAAGAGAAGUCCAUGAAAGAGCACUCCAGCGGGACGGACGUAGUUGGGGUAACUUUGCCAACCACUCUUUUGACGCCUACGAGGAUGACGACUUUGACGGUGACGAUUUCCUGAACUAUUCGCUGAGCAGUGAGGACAGCGACUUCGUCAACUUCAUCGAGAUCCUCCAGGAGAGGGUCAACCUGAGAAGAUACUUCGGCAUGAACGAUGAUGACGAUGAUGACGAUGAUGAUGAUGAUGAUUCAUUUGGGUCUUCUGUUGAUUCCGAUGAUACUGAUGAGGGGUUUGAGCUGUUUAGCGACUACAGCGAUGACUUCGACGAUAAUUCUGGGGAUGAAGAUGGUGAAGAUGAGGAGGAGGAAUGGUGAAGAUGAUCAGCUUGCUGUCUUGAAGAGAGAUACUUGACUGUCAUCUGUUACCCUAGCCCUCCUUUGGUUCAUUUCCUAAGAACGUUCCUCAAUCAAUCACAUUUUAAAGGCAGGGUUUACUUUUGGUGAUUGACCAGAAGACCAGUAUCUUCACUUGGUGUGUCCCAAGGUAUGCAUAAAAUAAUGAAAAUUGCAUAAUGCAUAAUAUGAAAAUUCAGGCAGAAUUUGUCAUCGUAGUUCCAAAAACAUAUUGAAAGUAAAACCCUACCAUCGUGCUGUAGAACUGGGUGCUUUCAGAUGUCUGAGAAAUGCUUCAGGCCUGCAGCCUUUCUUAGA